AUGCCUAUAGCAGAGAUCUUUCUCUCUGCCUUCAUCAAAUUGUUGUUUGAGAAGAUGAACUCUAUAGCCUCAUCGAAAUUACACAACUUUGAAGGUAUUGAUACUCAGCUGACAAAAUGGAUCAAUAUGCUGUCGCAAAUUGAAGCUGUUUUGAUUGACGCGGAGGAGAAGCAAAUGACAGAUCGAGCAGUGAACCUGUGGCUCGACGAUCUCCAUGAUUUGGCAUAUGAUUUGGAUGAUGUCGUGGAUGAGUUCGCCACCGAAGCUUCGCGACAGAAGCUCAAGGCAAAGCCUCCCCAAGCUAGUUCCAGCAAGGUAUGGAACCCCAUCCCUAAUUUCAAGCCAAGAGACGUUAUGUUUAAUUUCAAAAGGAGGUCCAAGAUUGAGGAGAUCACUACUAGAUUACGCAAUAGUUUUGAACAAUGUUCGCAACUUAAUUUGGUUAAGAUUGUUGGAACCACAUCUGGUAAGAUUUGGCAAAGACUAGAGUCUACAUCUUCGUUAUCUGAACCUCGCAUUUAUGGAAGAGAAAAGGAUCAGAGAAAGAUAAUUGAGUUGCUUAUAGGGGCGGAUGAAUCAAGUCAUAACAACAUUGGCAUAAUUCCCAUUGUAGGUAUGGGUGGGAUUGGCAAGACCAACCUGGCUCAAAUGGUAUACAACAAUGAAACCGUGAAGAAGCAUUUCAAUCUGAAAGCUUGGGUCUGUGUGUCAGAUGAGUUCGACAUUAUGAGAAUAACAAAAUUAAUUCUCGAGUCAGUGACUUUGCAAACAUGUAGUUUUCAUGGCUUAGAUCAAGUUCAAGUUCAACUAAAGCAGGCUUUGGCAGGAAAGAAAUUCUUAAUUGUUUUAGAUGAUGUUUGGAACAAAAAAUACAGCGAUUGGAAUGUUUUGAAGAGCCCUUUCGUUGAUGGAGCCCAAGGGAGUAAAGUUGUGGUGACAACACGUAAUAGAGAUGUUGCAAGAAUGAUGGGUGCUGUUGAACUUCAUGACAUUGAGGUCCUCUCAGAUGAUGAUUGUUGGUUGUUGUUUGCACAACAUGCCUUUGAGAGUAGAAGUAUUGAUGCAAAUCCAAAUUUGGUAUCAAUUGGUAAGAAAAUUGUGGAGAAAUGUAAAGGUUUGCCUCUGGCUGUUAUGACACUCGGUGGCCUUUUACGGUGCAAAGAACGAGAUGAGGAAUGGGUACAUGUAUUGCGUAGUAAAAUAUGGGAUUUGCCACAUGAAGAAAGUGACAUCCUUCCUGCUUUGAGAUUAAGCUACCAUCAUCUCCCUCUGCAUUUGAAGCAGUGUUUUGCAUACUGCUCAAUAAUACCCAAAGACUAUGAAUUUGAGGAGGAGGAGCUAGUCUUGUUGUGGAUGGCAGAGGGUUUCAUUGAGCAUCAAAGAGAGAAGCAAAUGGAAGAUGUAGGAGGUGAGUACUUUUGGGAAUUGUUGUCCAGGUCGUUUUUCCAACCAUCAAGUACCGGUAAAAGCUCUAAAUUCGUGAUGCAUGACCUCAUCAAUGAUUUGGCUCAAGUAGUUGCAAGAGGUACAUGUUUUAGACUAGAGGAUAAAUUGAAAGAUCAGGAGCAGCACAUAAAUCUAAAGAAAGCUCGACAUUCAUCUUACGUGCAGGACCAUUGGCAAGGUAUGGAAAAAUUUGAGAUCUUCUACAAAGCCAUGCAUUUGCGGACCCUCAUACCAUUUUUAAUACCAGGCUAUACGCAAUAUCAUGUGGCAAACAAUGUUGCCCUUAAUCUAUUGCCGAAGCUACGAUGCUUAAGGGUGCUCAGUAUGAGUAAAUAUUGUAUAAGUGAACUUCCAAAUUCAGUUGGAAAUCUGAAACAUCUGCGGUACCUUAACCUUUCCUACACCCUCAUUGAAGAAUUACCCAAAUCAUUAGGGUCUCUGUACAAUCUACAAACAUUGAUGUUAAGAGGAUGUCAAAAUUUGAAAAAGUUGCCUGUAGAUAUGGAAAACUUAAUUGACCUACGUCAUCUCGAUAUUACAGAUGCAGAUUCCUUGGAAGAAAUGCCCUUGGGGAUAGGUAAGUUAGCUAGUCUUGUAACACUAUCCAAUUUUAUUGUUACUAAAAACAAUGGGUUUCGGAUAAGAGAGUUAGGGAACUUAAUUUAUCUUCGAGGGAAGCUUUCCCUAUCUGGGUUACAAAACGUGGUGGAUCCUCGAGAUGCAAGAGAGGUAAAUUUAAUUAAUAAGGGAGGCUUGAAAGUGUUAUCAAUGGAAUGGAGUGUGGGCUCAGAUGAAUCACAAGAUAGAAGAGUUGAAACAGAAGUUCUCGACAUGCUACGUCCUCACAAGAACUUAGAAGAGCUCCACAUCAAAUGCUACCUUGGUACAGGAUUUCCAACCUGGAUAGGAGAUCCUUUGUUCUCCAAUAUGUUGUGCAUAAGUUUACAAAAUUGUAAAAAAUGUGUUUCCUUACCACCACUUGGACAAUUACCCUUGCUUAAAGACCUUUGUGUUGAAGGAAUGAGUGCAUUAAAGCAUGUUAGUUAUGAGUUCUAUGGGCUGUGUAGUACCAAACCUUUUCCGUUACUAGGGACUCUAAGCUUUAAGAACAUGCCUGAAUGGGAGGAAUGGUAUACUUUUGGGGAUAGUGAGGAAGUUCUACCAUUCAAUCGUGUUUGUAAGCUUUCCAUUGAAAAUUGUCCCAAACUUCUCGGUAUGUUGCCCUGUAAUCUACCUUGUUUGAAAAAUCUAGAGAUUACGGAGUGCCUGCAAUUGUUAGUUGAGGCUUCCACCAUUUUCUUCCCAUCACUCGCCUCCAUAGUUAUGAAGGACGUUUCUCUUACAAACCUUCUAGUGGUUCUUGAGAUGAGGAACAUGCUUGAAGAUGAAGUGAUGUUGGCAAAUGCGAGUUCAGUUACUUCCCUGAGCAUUGGGAUAAUUAAGAAACUUGAGCUCUUGCUGAAAUGGUUUACUCAUGGGCUGAUGAAACUUGAAGAAUUGAACAUUACUAGUUGUGAAGAACUCAAGACACUGUGGAAGAAUGACGCAAGAUUGCAACACAGUCACCCUGCAUUCCGAAGUUUGGAAAUUAAUGGCUGCCCCCAGCUCGUUUCAUUGCUUGAAGAAGAUGAGGAUGAAGAAAACGAAGGGCAACAUCAACAGCAACAAGAGGGACUCUCUUGCAUAGUGAGGCUUGAUCAUAUAAAAAUAGAUAAUUGUGAAAAACUGGAGAAACUGCCACGGCGGCUGCAUACCUUCAAUUUUCUUCGAGGGUUGCAUGUCUAUCAGUGUUCAAGUCUCAGCUCUUUUCCAGAGGCAGGCUUUCCGUCCAUGCUGAAAACACUCGUGAUACAUGAUUGUAAGGCUUUGCAAUCCAUAUUCGGGUGGGUAGAUUAA